AACUCUACUAUGACCGAGGGAACCACCACGAGUUCGUGUCCCUGGUGAAAGACCUGGCCCGUCCAGGUGAAUUCACUCAGUCACAGACAUUUGACUUCGAGUUCACCCACGUGGAGAAGCCUUAUGAGUCCUACACGGGGCAGAAUGUGAAGUUACGGUAUUUCCUCCGCGCGACCGUCAGCCGCCGACUGAACGACGUGGUGAAGGAGAUGGACAUAGUUGUGCACACCCUGAGCACCUACCCGGAGCUCAACUCCUCCAUCAAGAUGGAGGUGGGGAUUGAGGAUUGCCUACACAUCGAGUUUGAGUACAACAAGUCCAAGUAUCAUUUAAAAGAUGUGAUUGUUGGCAAGAUCUACUUCCUGCUGGUGCGGAUCAAGAUCAAGCACAUGGAGAUAGAUAUCAUCAAGAGAGAAACAACAGGGACCGGCCCCAACGUCUAUCAUGAGAAUGACACAAUAGCCAAAUACGAGAUCAUGGAUGGGGCACCUGUGAGAGGGGAGUCCAUUCCCAUCAGGCUCUUCCUGGCUGGCUACGAGCUGACUCCAACCAUGAGGGACAUCAAUAAGAAGUUCUCGGUGCGUUAUUACCUCAACCUGGUGCUGAUCGAUGAGGAAGAGAGACGCUACUUCAAACAGCAGGAGGUGGUGCUCUGGCGGAAAGGAGACAUCGUGAGGAAGAGCAUGUCCCACCAAGCAGCCAUCGCCUCCCAGCGCUUUGAGGGGACCUCCUCGCACCCCGAGGCCAAGACCCCCAGCCAGCCCGCAGAGAACAACGGCCGGCAGUGAGGGGCCACGCAGAGGAUGCUGCUGUGGAGCCAGGGGGACAGCAGCAGCAGCAGCAGGAGGAGAAGGAGGACAAAACACUUGAGAGACUUUGUGACAACAA